AGUCAUCCCCGGAGAUACUAAAUCGCUCUGUACACGUAACAAUUAGGAAGCGAUCAGGCCAUGUUCUGCCAGCCAUGCAGCAUCUGAACCUGCGACCGGAUCACCGUUAGCAGACAACUAACAGAUGGCAGGGGACAGCGGCCCGUCCGCGCCGUGCUACUAGUUAGCCACGACAUGCCCGGCGCUAACCCGACUUCCCACCGGAGCCGAGAUGCGCCCGGCGCCGGGCCAACUUCCUGGUUCAGAUGCAGGUCGCUCAACAAGCAAUCCGACGCACUUAUGCUGACAGGAAUCACGGAUCAUGAACCGAUGGCAGUAACAAGGAAUGAGGGAACUUACUUUUCACUGACGCACACAAACUUCACGAUUGAUCCCUUCGCGAUUGAUCCCUUCUCCCCGUGCACCGCUGCUCGGUCGUGUCGGCGCUUAACGACAGGUCACCUGCUGGCCCCACACUCCCGACAGCACAACCCUCUGCAGCGUGGGCCGGGACCGGAGCAUCAUGCAGGACCUCAUCCAGAAGCUCCGGCUGCCGGACCUGGACCAGGUCGGCAGCUACGUGAGGAGCGUCCCCACCCCCGUGCUGCUGGGCGUGGGGGCCGCCGCCACCGCCACCGCCUACUACCUGGCGACCCGGCCCAGAGCCCUGCCGCCGGCCUGCGACCUGCAGGAGCAGUCGCUGCAGGGAAAAGGGCUUGCUCGAGAGUCGGUGCUGGGGACCGGAGACGGCCACAUGACAUACAUCUACGAGGACGCCAAGACCAUGUACGAGUUCUUCCUCAGAGGAGUCCGAGUCUCGGACGGCGGCCCGUUCCUGGGCUCCAGGAAACCCGGUCAGCCCUACGAGUGGCUGUCCUACCGCGAGGUCAAGCAGCGGACAGAGUGUCUGGGUUCAGCGUUUCUUCACAAAGGACACUCCAAGACGACAGACCCUCACAUCGGCAUUUUCUCCCAGAACAGGCCUGAGUGGACCAUAACUGAGCUGGCGUGUUAUACCUACUCUCUGGUGGCCGUCCCUCUGUACGACACACUGGGCACUGAGGCCAUCGCCUACAUUAUCGAGAAAGCGUCCAUCUCCACCAUCGUGUGCGACGUGACGGAGAAGGUGGGGCUGGUGCUGGACUGUGUGGAGGGCAGGGAGCACAGCGUGAAGACCGUGGCGCUGAUGGAGACGCCCAGCGACAGCCUGGUGAGACGAGGCCAGCAGGCCGGCGUCCUCAUCCUCAGCCUGCAGGAGAUGGAGGAAAUGGGGAAGGCUCACUACCGUCAGCCAGAGCGUCCGCGGCCGGAGGACAUGGCGUUGAUCUGCUUCACCAGCGGGACAACAGGGAACCCAAAAGGAGCCAUGUUGACUCACAGGAACAUCGUCAGUAACUGCUCGGCCUUCAUCAAGAUCACAGAGAUCUCCUGCUGCAUGUACCCCACUGACGUCCACAUUUCCUACCUGCCCCUGGCCCAUAUGUUUGAGAGAGUAGUUCAGGGCGUCAUGCUGGUGAAGGGGGCCCGGAUCGGCUUCUUCCAGGGAGACGUGAAGAAGCUGAGCGACGAUCUGCGCGCGCUGAAGCCCACCGUGUUCCCCGUCGUGCCGCGGCUGCUCAACAGGAUGUAUGACAAGAUCAUGGGCCAGGCCAACACCUCCUGGAAGCGCUGGCUGCUGGAGUUCGCCUUCAGGAGGAAGGAGGCCGAGAUGAUGAGGGGCGUCGUGAGGAGGGACAGCAUCUGGGAUCGGCUGAUCUUCAGGAGGGUGCAGGCCAGCCUGGGGGGCCGCGUCCGCCUCAUGUUAACUGGAGCUGCGCCCAUCUCUCCUACGGUGCUCACCUUCCUCCGAGCUGCAGUGGGCUGCCAGGUCUAUGAGGGUUAUGGACAGACGGAGUGCACGGCAGGGUGCACGGUGACGCUGCCCGGCGACUGGACUGCUGGUCACGUCGGGCCUCCUCUGCCCUGUAACUCGGUCAAGCUGGUGGACGUCCCCGAGAUGAACUACCACGCCGUGAAUGGAGAGGGAGAGGUGUGUGUGAAGGGUCCCAACGUGUUCCAGGGCUACCUGAAGGACCCCGAGAAGACGGCGGAGGCCGUGGAUGCAGAAGGGUGGCUGCACACCGGAGACAUCGGGAAAUGGCUGCCGAACGGCACCCUGAGGAUCGUGGACAGGAAGAAGCACAUCUUCAAGCUGGCGCAGGGCGAGUACAUCGCGCCCGAGAAGAUCGAGAACGUGUACACCCGCAGCGACGCUGUGGCGCAGGUCUUCGUGCACGGAGACAGUCUGCAGGCGUGUCUGGUGGCGGUGGUGGUCCCGGACCCGGACUUCCUGUGCGGCUGGGCCAAGAGGACCCUGAAGCUGCAGGGCAGCUACAAGGAGCUGUGCGGCAGGGCGGACGUCAAGGCGGCGAUCCUGCGGGACAUGCUGCGGCUGGGGACGGACGGAGGCCUCAAGUCCUUCGAGCAGGUGAAAGCCAUCCACGUCCACACCGAGCUGUUCUCCGUGGAGAACGGCCUGCUCACCCCCACCAUGAAGUCCAAGAGGAACGAGAUGCGCCAGCGCUUCAGGGCGCAGAUCGACGGGCUGUACGCCAACAUCCGCAUGUAGGAGGAGGAGGAGGAGGAGGAGGAGGGGGCGGAGCCAGGCAGACAGCCUCCUCAAGGGUCCAGAGAAGAUUUCACGCUGAACAUAGAAGGGCUUGAUUUUGUUUGCCUUUUCUGGAAGCUGCUUUUCCUCCGUCGCUCAGGAAGAAUCACACUCUUCAGACACGUCCGGUUGGAUUCAGAGCGGCUCUGACGGUCCGCUUCGGAGGCGUGGACGCUGCUGUUCAGGCUCUGAUCCGCAGCGCCUGCUUCUUUGGUUCAGUUACACCUUUUAGAGGAAGUUUCUUGAGUUCUCAGAUGAUUAAAAACACACUUUUCAUGUGACAUAGCACAGCGUUAAUCUGCAGAUGAGAUCAAGGAGAUGAAAAGUGAACGAGAGUCAAUCAGAGUGAUUUUAAACCCAUGAAAACCCUUUUUUUAUCAUUAUAACCCAGGGGUGUCAAACAUAAGGCUCAUGGGGCCAAAGUGGGCCCUGAAGAGGCUCCAGUCCAGAUCGGUCCGGGUUGCGUCUCCCGGUGACGUAGCACCCUGUGAUUGGCUGAGAUAACAUGCUGCGUUAUUAUUGGCUGGACGUUAUGGCGCUGAGGCAGAGCUGUGGAGGCAGCUCGAGGUGAAGAGGGACCACACCCGGUUCUCCUCCUGCUCCGUCUGCCGGUCUGAGGGGCGGGGCCAGACGGAUCAUUACCAGGUGUCCCAUUUCACCUUCCUCCCAGGUAACACCAGCAAUGUGAGCUGCCGUUUUCACUGCCGUCCCAGACUGAAGAUAAAAAUGCCCAUGUUGAUAAAGCUUUAAGUGACCUGACACUGGCACAUGUGGUUGAUCUGGUUUAAAAUAUCCUUUAAGAAGUGAGAGAGUGAAAAUUAUAAACCAUUUAGACAGUUUAAAAAGCUUUAUACAUGUCAACUCUUGAUUAUGCAACUUUUUUUUAUUACAAAUAUCUUCCCCUUGUUUUGUGAGUAAAGUAUCAGUUUUAGCUAUAAAAGCUGAGUUUUUAUCAAUAAGAUUAAAAGCCACUGCAUUAAGAAUAAACAAAAAACAAAUCUUGUGUAAAGAUGUGUCACUAAAUAGAUCAAAAAUACAUUUAUAUUCAUAUUGAACUGAAUGAAUAAAAAAUGAGUAUUGAUAAGAUGAGAGAAUAGAUUGUAUUUUAUAAAUCCUGGAAGGGAAAAUCCGUCCAUCCAUCCACCCAUCCAUCCAUCCAUUCAUCCAUCCGCCAUCCCCGGACUGGUCUGGUGUCUCCACCGGCCGGCCGAACCUCAACCUCGUGACAGGUGCCUGACUGUUGACCUGUCUCUGUUAGGGAGCAAUAGUGGCGUCACGUGACUGUGGUGGGUGAGCGGGCGAACGAAAAGAUCGGGUCAGAAAGGAAGUCCAGCUGCCUGCGUGUCCUGCUUGCUGUGGACAGUCCGGUCGUCUCCUCGGACCUGGUUCGGCUGGAACAGGACAGGAAGCAGCAGCUGGGGAAGACGGGAGGCGCCACGGGGAGCGCUGGAGGAGAUGCCUUUCUCUCUGACCUGGUUUUGUUCUGAUGUUUCCAUAACGAAAUCGAGAUUAAUUCAUUUUUUUGUAGAUUUGCCUGAACUGCAAAAACAUGUAAUUUCAUGUAAAUUAAAUAAAAA